AUGGAAAAAUUGUACACAGUUUUAAAUUUUUUAUUUUGGCUGAGUUUGUUAGUAGUUGCUUCUGAUGGUAUCAAAGAAAUAAAAUAUGGAAAGAAUAUUUUAAGUUCCUGUAAAUCACAUCGGGAUUGUAAAGAUUUGAAAUACAGCCAGUGCCUGAGUGGAAAGUGCUGCUGCUUAUCAAACUAUUACAAGCGUAAUUCUAACGUUUGCCUAGGAGGUAUUAACGCGACGUGUGACUCAGAUUAUGACUGUCGACAUAAUCAUCUAGCUGGUUGUAUUUCUAACACCUGUCAAAGUUAUGCGACGUUUUUCUCACCAUCAAAUGCUGAAGAAGUUAAGCUCUACCGUGCAGAAAGAAUAGGAUCAGGAUGCGUUACCGAUGAAAACUGCAAGGAUCUGAAUAAUACACUCUGCAGAUCAGGAAAAUGUGAGUGUGUGAAAGGUUACUGGAAAGCCAAUGAAACUUGUCAGCUUGUAACAAACACAACUUGUGUCAAUAAUUCUGAUUGCAAAGAAAGCGGAACUAAAUGUCUUCUAAAUAAUUGCGUUUUACCGACCGAUUUUUUCAUUGAAUCCAACACUCGCAACGCUACUCUCUAUGCCGCAACACGAUUAGGUGAUGUCUGUCAAACUGAUCACCAUUGUCGAAAUAUCAAUCACAGUAAAUGCAUUAAUGGAGCUUGUAAAUGUGGACGUGGAACUUUACCGUCUUUACAUGCAAACUUUAAUCCUUCUUCUGGAGGAGAGUGCCGGCGAACAUUAAACUUCUACUGUGAAAAAGAUUCACAAUGCAUUUAUUAUUACAAAUCUAAAUGUUUCUUCAAUAAUUGUUCAAUUGCGGAGGAUUUCUUCGCUCCUGAAAACGCCCACAAAGUCAACCUAUAUGCCGCAACUCAUGUUCGAGAUGAUUGUCGUACCGACCACCAUUGCCGUAACAUCGAAAAUACUCAAUGCAUUGAGGACCAGUGUCGUUGCAAAGAGAAUUAUACAAGUAUUAAUGACAAGUGCCGUGAAUUAUCGGAUUUAUUUUGUUCUCAUGAUUCUGAUUGCAAAAAAUACGGUUUUGAUUACUGGUGCUUUUCGAAUGCUUGUCAUCGAGGACAAUAUUACUUUGAUACGGCAGAUUUCUCUCAAUGGAAGGCUAAAUGUACUAUAGUUGAUCAAGUCCUGGGAACAGAAUUGGAAAAUUCUUGA